AUGGCGGCGGAGCUCGAGGAUGAGCAGUCCUCAACGUCCCGAUCCGACGAAUCCGACGGCGACGAUUCCACCUCUCUCUCCCUCUGCGACCUCCCCCUGGCGGACCAUGACGAGUCCGACGGCCCCAAUUCGUCCGACGAUUGCCAAUUAUCUCCUCCUCCUACGGACCCUUUCGAGUUCUUCUCCGGCAACCACUCGGCCGCCGAGGAGAUGUGCUCCGCCGAGGACGUCUUCCUCAAGGGGAACCUUCUCCCUUAUAAGGCCCCUCCGCAGUUGUCUCCGACAAAGAGGAGCGAUGCCCCCGCCCCCAAAAACGCACCUUUCGAUCACCGGCGGUCGGAGUCGCUCGACGGGAUCAACCGGCCCCGCGGCGGCGGGGGGCGCGCGGCGGAAUACCCGAGUCUGAGAAGGGCGGCCUCGGAAACGGACCCGAGGACCCCUCAGCCAGCACCACCACCGCCUCCGCCUCCGGCGACGCCGAGGUCGAGGCCCAAGUGGUAUCUGGUCGUUUUCGGGUCUGUAAGGGUGCCGGCGGCGAUGGAGAUGAAGGACAUCCGGAACCGGCAGAGGCAGCGGAGAACGACGCUGCUUGCGGAGUGUGGCGGGUGGAGGCGCGAAGAGGGGAGAGGCCCCUGGAAGCUUCUGCGCUCGCUGAGCUGCAAGGGGGUGGAGAGCACCGUCGUCGCGUCGCCCCUGAGCUACGUCUCGCACUUACGUGGGUGA